GCAAAAAGUAGGCCACGAGAGUUGCAGCGCUGAACUGAACCGCUGCGUUUUGCGCUCGCGUGUAGCAUCCACGCGCCGGUCAUUCCCUCCACAGUUCAACGCUGUUUUCAAAGUUCCGGAAAGUCUGUGAAGAGUGAAAAGUGUUGCUGCUGGCCUCUCAGUACUGAAGGCCUUUCCCCUGGACUCAAAUCACAUCCAAGUUUCGUGGACCUGGUUACUGCGCAGUUCUGGAAAGGAGGACAUUUUUAACAGCGCAUGGCUCAGAGAAAAACAGCAGGGUGUGAUUGACUUAUCUAGGACUGCUGUGGUCAGGGGGUCAGAGAAUGGAUGUAUUCGAAGGCAUCCACAGGGUGCAACUCUCCUCGUCUCCAUCCCCGGUGAGUGCCUCCAGCCCCGGCUAUGAGGUGGUGGUGGCGGACACUUCAGGGAUUGCGGUGUACUCAUCCGAAGUUUUCUUCGGCAAAGCGGACUCUCGCCAGCUGCGUCAGCGAGCACUGAAGUACAAGUCUGCAACCACCACGGUGACGUCACCCGUGGACAUACUGGAUAGGUGUCCUGUUGGAAGGCUUGUAGAUCUGGAUCCAGAUCCCGGACCAGCUAGGGCAGGAGGAGGACCGAUGCCUCAGGGGGAAGAGGACGACUCCCGCGGAGGGGAACCCUACAAUGUGUCCCGGCUGCGGAGCUCAUCUAUCGAGAUCCGGGAGAAAGGUGCCGAGUUUCUCCGGGAACAGCUGGAUGCCGCUCACAAGGAGUUGAAGCUGAAGGGGGAGGAAUGUGAGCGUCUCUCCCAUGUCAGGGACCAGCUGGAGCAGGAGCUGGAGGAGCUGACGGCCAGUCUGUUCGAGGAGGCCCAUAAAAUGGUGCGUGAAGCUAACGUGAAACAGGCGGCAGCUGAGAAACAGCUGAAGGAGGCUCAGGGAAAGAUUGAUGUUCUGCAGGCUGAGGUGACGGCCCUGAAGACCCUGGUCCUGACCUCCACCCCCUCCUCCCCCAACCGCCAGCUGCACCGGCAGCUCCAGUCCUCCGGGGGCACCAGAGGGGCGUUGAGGGGCCACAGCCGCAACAAGAGCACCAGCAGCGCCCUCACGCUCCCCCACGGCGGCCAGGCCGAGGCGGCCGGCACUGCGGAGACACAGGCGACCAGCAGGGAGGAGAAGGAGCUGGACUCGGUGCUGUUUGCUGAGUUCCUGUCGUGGAGGGAGGCGCCCAGUCUGGAGCGCUCCUCCGCCUUCAUGGGCCGCGUGUACCGGGAGGACAUCGGUCCCUGCCUCUGCUUCAACCGCACCGAGCUGUCUCAGUCAGUGCAGAGCGCGGUGGAGAGCAACUCUCUGACUAUCGAGCCGGUUGCCAUGACGGCACUGCCACUGGUCAAGGCCUCAGCUGUAGAGUGCGGCGGACCCAAUGGCUGGAGAGGUGCAGUAGAGACGAAGUGCGCCCUGAGUGGCAUGUCGCGACCCUGUCGCCACCGCAUCAAGCUGGGAGACAAGGAGAGCUACUACUACAUCUCGCCCUCCAGCAGAGCGCGGAUCACAGCGGUAUGCAACUUCUUCACCUACAUCAGAUAUAUUCAGCAGGGCCUGGUGAGGCAAGAUGUGGAGCAGAUGUUUUGGGAGGUGAUGCGCUUGAGGAGGGAGAUGACGGUGGCUAAACUCGGCUUCUUUCCCACGGACGAUAGCUAGAAAACGGGAAGUCAACUGCAGAGCACAAUCACCUCUCUCUCUCUGUCUAUCUCAAAGUCAACACACACACACACACACACACACACACACACACACACACACACCGACACACACACACACACACACACACACACACACACACACACACACACACACACACACACACACACACACACACACACACACACACACACACACACACACACACACACAGUAAUGGGCUGUAAGCAAUAUCGUUUAUCUUCUGUGUGUUCCUGAUGGAGAAGGUACAUACUCCAGUGUACACAGUCAGUGUAAUGUGCAGAUUGUGGAUGAAUGAAGCAAGAACUGCCUGGCUGGUGACAGAAGCGCAAGAUUUAUUACGCAAUUAAAUAUAAAUGAGCAGCGAAGUCAGCGUCUUGAUGCGACGACAGACACAUCAGAACAAGUCUGCUCUUGGCAGUAAUAAUGUCCUACACAUACAUUAGAAGUGUGUUGACAUUAGAAAUUGGAGCAGAAAAUUAGAAAUUUGAUUAGAAAUGUGCAGCCUAAUGGGAGAUAUUGACUCUCUGUCAGGUAUUUGAAGGAUGGGAGAAAUUAGCCUGGUGAGCCGUCCAUAGGACUGUACUUGUCUUCAUUCGUAUUCAUGGUCUGGCGACGGUUCUCUGGGGAGAGAUACUAAGUCGUCCUCCAGGCGGUCGGCCAAUAAGCGAACGAUUUAGGUGAGAGCUGUCCAAUUGUUUCAAACCAGAACUGAGUGCAAUCCUCCCGCCCUUUCUAAUCACGUCAUUACAUUGCAUUUGGCAGACAAGUCAAAGGACCUCAGGUCAAAGAACCUCCAGACCAUGAAUAUGACUGAAGAGAGGUAUUAUGGGAUGGUCGUACCAGGCUAGGGAGAAAUGGCAGUGGGUGUAGCAGAGCCAUGCUUUUCAGUAUUGUGUCCCUCUUUCUUCCCCAUUUAUGACUAAUGAAUUACCCCCUCAUAAACAUGGCAUGGCAAUCAACGACAUAGUUACGUUAUAUGAAACGUUGCGUUAUAUAUAUUUUUUUCACAGUAGUUAUUAUUGCUAUGUUUUACCACAGCGGGGGACAAUGAUAAAGAAGUAUACGCAUUAGCAUGGUUUCAUUUUACCUCAUGCAGUGAGGGGAGUGCUACUGCAGCGAAUGCUAAGGUCAAAGCCAUAAGUGACCUCACCAACAUCAUCUGAAGGAGGGUGGGAUGGAAACACACACUCACACGCACGCACACACACACCAAACACUAAACACACAUCCUCUAAGUGCACAUAGACACACACACACACACAGAUAAAUACACAUAGGCUUUUCCUCGGAAGUCCAAACACCCACUCCCUUUUUGAUGUGCACUCGGGAAAUGCCAUUGUUUCCCCCCACCCCCCUCUCUCUGCACUCCCCCCACUCCCCUCUCUGCACUCCCCCCACUCCCCUCUCUGCACUCCUCGCCUGGUAUACCCAGUUAAAAAUAUGAUUACUACAUUUGUAAGUGUACACUCCUUUGUUUUAGGUUUGUGUUUGUUUUAUUGGGUUUUUUUUGGUUUUGUCUUUUUUUUAAAAACAUUAACUGUGUUUAUAAGUUUGUAAAGUUAAAUGUAAAGUUAAAAGUUAGAAGUGGUGGGAUGAAUGAAUGAAUAACUAGCCCUCAAAUUGCUGUGUCACCUUCUUAGCCUCAGCACACCACUGCUUGCCUUUCUACAGUAGCUAUAGCCCUGGGGGGUAUUCCAAGAACAUGGUUAAGUAGCAACCAGGUUAAGUUAACCUUGAGAUAGUGGAAAAUCAUCGAAUACCACACCCUAGAGUCCUUACGUAUUUUCGGUAACACUUUAUUUUAGGGAUACAUCUAUAAACACUAAUACAUACAAUGUUAAUGCCUGCAUAAGUAACUUGUAAGGCAUGUACUAGGCAAACGCUAAGGCCUACUAGGUCCUUACUAAGGUUAAAUUGGUAAUAAAUCCCUUAUUGUGCAUGAACAAGACAUUUGCGAAUACAUACCUAACAAAUGUUUGAUUUUGCUUUGUACAUGCCUUACAAGUUACUUAUACAGGAACAUUGUAUGUAUUAGUGCUAAUAGAUGUAUCCCUAAAAAAGUGGUUUCCGUAUUUUCUUAACUAAAUGAGAAACCUAUUAUCUAUGGGCUAUCUACGUAUAUUAGCAGGCUUACCUCUUCAUGCAGGUUAAGUUAGCCUGGUUUAUCAUCACUUAACCAUGUUCUUGAAAUACUGCUCCCCUGGUGGUUAGACAAUAAGCUUUACUGUACAUGAACAACUGUGUUGUGCACAGUUACUAUGCCAUAGCCUCAGCACAGCCUGUAGCUUCUGCAGAAUGUUAGUGUGUCAGUCAGUACACAAGAUCGUGAUCGAUCCUUGUUUACCUUCUUUACUUUUUGCAUGGGAUAUACAGCCAUACUUGUGUGUGUGUGUCUACGGGUCUUUGCACUCUGUGUAUGUCGUCUCAUAUCUCUCUUUCUGUACUCAACGUGUAAAUGACGAGAGGUAGUCAGCUCCAUAUGCCAUCAUCCUAACUGUGCGUAAGUGAAACGCAUAGUUGCAUGACUGGACGUGUGCAUUACGAACACUCGAUGGUGUCUGUUAUGAAUGGACUGCGGACUUUCUGUCCAUUACUGAAGCAACGGCUCGAAUGGGACAUGGGCGGGACGUGGAGAAAUUUUGAGGCGGAAGUAUUCUCGCAGGACAUUCUCGCGGUUGCUUCAAAAAUGUUGAAUGCAGUUCUAUAGAAUGCAAGCUGACCUGUAUGUGGGGCAGUCGUGGCCUAAUGGGUUAGUGAGGUGGUCUUAAGAUCAGAGGGUUGCAGGUUCAAAUCCCACCCUGACCCCUCCCUAAACCUCCAUCUACAUAUGGCUGAGGUGCCCUUGAGCAGGGCACAUAACCCCACAUUGCUCCAGGAACUGUGAGCAAUUUCCUGUAAGCAAUUUCAUCUUUUAUGUUGCUGUGGAUAGAAGUGUCAGCUAAGUAUAAUGUGAUGUAUGCUGUGAGAUGGCCACUCCAUCUAU